UGAGCUCUUUUGCACCUGUUUUUAAUUUGUGGAAUGUGCGCUAGUGAUCCGGAGAUCGAAGGAUGUACGCUUCAGCGGGAAUCCAUCUCAAAUAAACGACCUGGAGUACUGCGGAAUUGGAAUCCCAGUUUGGACGAGAAAUUUGCAUGAGUAAACUUCCCAGACGUCCUGUUGAAUACACAGUUAGUAGAUCAUCUAGACCUGCUGGUGUCAGCGCUCAGAUCGGUUUGCCUCCUGUGUGUGAUCGAAUGAUCGCUGAAGUCCUCAUGUACAUGCAGAGAGGAAGAAACGUCAUGCAUCCUUGAGCCGUCCAUGCUGCCAGUGGCGAUAGAAGCAUUUUGUCUAUUCACUCCGCAUCGUUGAUUACAAGAGUGAGGAAGAUAUAUAAAAAAAAAGCCAGACAGCAGUUCUGCCUCAUCCCAUUGCUCCCAGUGUCUCUUCAUCCUAGACCCUCCCCCUACGGAGUCAAGAAGAGAACCGACCUCUCUCCUCUCGCUUGACAGACAGCCACCGGCGUGGCCGGCCAUCUUGUAAAGCUGGCUGGAAGUUACAGGAGUUCUUCAUCCCUGGCGAUGGCUGUGUCAAUCCUGGGACAUUUUAAACGCUACAAGAUGGUGAAGUACCAGCGGUCUUCCUUGAGCGGGGGUGACGAGCUCUCGGAUCAUGACCAGGCCACAGUUGCAGGUUUGCCCAACAGCCAGCCGGCAGCCCCCAGCAGCCAGCCGACAUUGUCAGGAGUGGUGCGGGCGGGAAACGGCGGCAAUCUCGGCAGGAGCACGAUGGGGGAGAACAACUGCACCAAGGUGCCAGAUGUUCAUUACAAAAACUCCAAUUCCAACAACAUCAAGUACGUUCGAGGGGAGAUGGGCGGAGCUGCCGGGAAAUUUGGAGGGCGGACGUUAAUGGAGAAGAUACUUGUGGUGCUCUGCGUGGUGCUCUUACUUCUAGUGCUCAUCCUUGCCAUCUUGUAUGCAAUUGAGAGCCAAGAAGAGUUUUGUCUGACGGGUCCCUGCGUAACUAUCGCCGGCAGUGUGCUGAGCUCCAUGGACAAGUCGGUGGACCCCUGCGAGGAUUUCCACCGGUACUCCUGCGGGAGCUGGAUCAAGGAGCACCCCAUACCCGACGGCCAGUCGCGUUGGACGACGUUCGGAAUGAUCUGGCGGGAGAACCAGGUGGUCCUCAAGCAGGUUCUUGAGGGGCAGCUUAACACUACCAGUUCAGCAGAGAAGAAAGCCCAGAAUUACUACGUGUCGUGUGUGGAUAAGGAGGGCAACGUCGAUCGCCUGGGGGCCCAACCGCUCAUAGACAUCAUCAACACGCUUGGCGGCUGGAACGUGACGGGAACGUUCAAUGCCACCGGCUACAAUUUCAGCAAGGUUUUCCAGCGGAUGGAGGCGCUGUACGACGAAAAGCCCUUCUUCACGUUGAUGAUAGGGGGCGACGAGAAGAAUUCCAGCAUCAACAUUCUUCAGAUCGUGGAGGGGAGCAUUCUCUUGCCAGAUGGACGCUACAUGGUCAACAAGACUGAAGAUGACUCCACUGUGGCGGCCUACUUCAAGUACAUGAGGCGAAUUACAGAACUCAUGGGUGCUGAGGGGGAGGAGGUUGAUCGACAGCUCAGGAACAUCUGGGAUAUCGGAGUGGAAAUUGCCAAUUUGUCUCUGAGUUUGGACGACUACGAGAAUUUCGAGGAUCUUUUCAACUACAUGACGGUUGAGGAAAUGCAGAUACAGUUUCCAGCGUUCAACUGGUUGGAAUACCUCAACUACCUCUUCAAGGACACCGAUGUCCAGAUCACCUCCAAGGAGCAGAUUAUCGUCUUCACUCCCAAGUACUUAGCAGCCGUCUCCGAUCUGGUCCUCAACACAGACCCGGUAGCUCUCCACAACUACAUGGUCUGGUCCCUGAUCACCUCCUACACCAAAUACCUGAGCCAGGACUUCCAGCGGGCCGAGGACGACCUGGACAAGGAGAUGUACGGCCAGACCACGGAGCAGCCCAAGUGGCGCUCCUGUAUCACCGCCACCGACGACAACAUGGGCUUUGCCCUGGGAGCCCUCUUUGUCAAGGAGACCUUCCAGGGCAAGAGCAAGGAGAGGGCCAGCUCUAUGGUGGAGGAGAUUCGCAGUGCUUUCAAGAACAACCUGCCAGGCCUAGACUGGAUGGACGAAGAAACACGCCACGCAGCGAGGGACAAGGCCAAUGCUAUCCUGGAUCUGAUUGGCUUUCCAGACUACAUCCUCAACAGUAAGAAACUGGAUGAAUCCUACGGCGAUCUGGAGAUCAACUCCACGGACUACUUCGGCAACAACAUCCGCAUCAACCAGUUCCACACCCGGCAGGAGCUGCAGGAACUCCGCAAGCGGGUCAACCGGGGUCAGUGGGAGAUGACCCCUCCCCAGGUCAAUGCCUACUACUCCCCGCCCAAGAACGAGAUCGUAUUCCCCGCCGGUGUUCUUCAAGCCCCAUUCUAUGACAAGGAUUACCCCAGGUCGUUGAACUUUGGCGGCAUGGGGGUGAUCAUGGGCCACGAAAUCACCCACGGCUUUGACGACUCGGGCCGCAAGUACGACAAGUACGGCAACCUCAAGCAGUGGUGGAACAACGCCACCAUCGACCGGUUCAAGAACCAGAUCCAGUGUAUGGUGGACCAGUACGCCAAGUACGACGUGGACGGGAACUACAUUGACGGGAAAAUGACCCUGGGGGAGAACAUUGCAGAUAACGGAGGACUGAAGUCGGCAUACAGGGCAUACCAGGAUUGGAUCAAAGAGCAUGGAGAGGAGAAGCCGCUGCCAGCCCUGGGCCUGUCGCAUCGACAGCUCUUCUUUGUUGGCUUUGCUCAGGUUUGGUGCUCCUCUCAGACGCCCAAAGAAGCUCAGCUGCAGUUGAUCACCGACAACCACAGCCCAGCCAGAUACAGGGUGAUUGGGACCUUGUCCAAUUCAGAGGACUUCGCCGAGCAGUUUAACUGCCCCGUUGGGAGCCCGAUGAACCCGAAGGAAAAGUGCGAGGUGUGGUGAAAGGGGAGGCCGGGGGACAUGCCCCGCCCACGAGAAGGCGCGGCCGUCGUUUCUUCAAUGCACUUCAGGUGGGAGACCACAGUCUUGGGACGAGGUUCGUUCACACUGUUUCUACGCAUCACACUCUCCACAAAUGAUACCCAUUCUCAUUCAGAGAAUCAUUUGUGACAAGGUUCAACAUUCAUUUCAGCGGGCAAUGGUGACUAUUAAACAGAUGUGUAUCAGAAUACACAUGCAAGCGUCAACGUCUCGAGUCAAACGGGAGUUUUUCACAAAGUUUGUGGCAGGGCAGAUACUAACUCGCGGUAAUUUCUGCUCAAAGAAAACCUCCCUAGUUUACCGAAGAAUCUCAUCGAUGUAAAUAGUAUUCUAAGUGUAAAUGUGUUCUAUGGAAAAGUACUCCGUCUAAAGUUACUAUCUUGUCCGAAAAAGGAAGUCCUCCAGCGGUGAGAUUUUGACAGCUUGUGCGAGCCAUCAUCACAACUUUUGCCAUCGGCAGCAUGGCCAUGUUCAAGUUUUUAAUGGAUUUUAAGAAUCAGGGUCAGUGGUUAACUAAGUUUCAGAAAUCAGAUUGUCUUAAAAAUCUGAGCUGAGUACGCCUGGUUAUCCUCCAAUUGAGUCACUACAUUUUGUUCGUUGUUUUCAUAUUUCAUAUUUGUAACACCAACGGGAAGAAACUUGCCAUUCUGGAGAUCUGGACAACAGACAAAGACCAGUUUGUUUUUUACCGCAUUUUAGUCAGACCGCCUUCGUUUUAAAAGAGAGAUUUCUUGCCCUUCAGAAAGAUUAAUGUCAAUUUUUAUUGUGAUUAUAUUUAACAAGAACCAAUAAGUGACAAGUCAAAAGACACGCUUGUGAAUGAGAGACUUUGGGGCGCUUGGUGGCGACAAACAUAACCAGUCUUCUGAGCAUGCAUGCAUAGUUCUGAGCAGUUCCUUGAAAAAGGAUCGGUACGUCUGCUGCCACCAACAUUUCAGAGUCUCCCAUUGCUGGCUUUCCAAACGAAGUCUAGGUGGUGGAAAUUAACAAGAACAGUGCCACUUCUGUUGGAUUUUUCUGAACUUUGCAAUGCUGAAUCUGGUGGUUGACAUUUCAAAAUGAGGAAAUCUUCCCAGUGCGUAUGAGCAAUGAUAAAAAGAGUCAUGUUGGGGGAUCCGCCUACAGUUACCAGUACCACGUUCUUUUUGAAUGGAUUUAGCGUCUCCAUAAAAAUAAGGUCACUUUUAGUUUGUUUCACCAGUUAAUGUUGCAUUUUCUUCCCCUAAAAAGCUCCCCGGGGCAGUUAUUUUUUUCUUUGUCCAAAAAAUUCUACAACCUUGCGAUUUAUUUCUGGCCCAACCAAGCACAACCUGUUCAGACGACAACCGCGGAAAUGACAAAAGAAUUCUCGAACGAGGGUACAUGUCUUCUGCGAAACAAAUAAAAAAAACAAAACUGUGGUUAAUGUCGCGCUAUUCUAUCUACCCAAAGCUGAUGCCUAAUGUUAACUUGACAAGACUGCUAUGUGUCCGUUUUUGAAAUUCAGGGGCGAAAUAAUGCCAAAACAUCAAUAGGAAAAUGCCAGAAGGUCUCAGCCAUUGAUCCCGAGAGCUUUCUUUCUUUUCCCGGCCACUACAACUUGGGGGUUUCAGUUCAGUCCAACACAGUAUUCAAUUAUGUUGAAUGAAAGAAGCUGUGAAUCAGCAGAUUCUUUCAAAGAUUCCUUGUCCUUGGAAGCAGUCAAACGAAACGUUUUCUUUGUUCCAGGAUCUGUACCAUUGUGGUGUAGGUCUCAAAAGUAUCGGAGAUACACCCAUAUAUAUGUGUGUACUAGGAGGUUUGUCACUUGAAAAGUAUAUUUCCCAAUGACAAUUUUUCUACACAGGUCAGGCAUGUGGAUGGGUCACAGUUUCUGACAUUUAUGUAUUCUGUACCUCAAGAUAUCAUACUGAGACUGUCUUCUGUCAUAACAUUCCUAUGGAGCAACACCGAUGUCUUCAUUUUCAAAGCAAAUGCCCCCUCUUUCAUCCAAAGUACAUGGACUUAUAAUACAGAUUCUCAGUGGGCAUUAGGAAAUCAGAUGAACAUACCACGAACAUUGGCUUGACAAAAACACCUCAACACGUACUGUACAAUUCCAACCAAAAAUCA